GUCCAUUAGUCGGCAGCGUUCACUCAACAGUCAGCGGUCGAGCAGGCAACAAACGCGAAGGAGAUACCACAUAUUGUGUGCAUAUAUAGUAGUACCACAAACCAUAUCAUCGAGUUCUGGACGCGGCCAUAAAACAACAUUUGUGAAACGUAACGAGAUUACAAAAGAAAUUCCAGGUCCAGAUAUCUAAAUUAGUUUUGAUUCGCGAAAAAGAAAACGUGGAGCAGCGAUUUGGACAUAACUUGAAGCGCGAAAGUUUGAUUUGCAUAACCAGAAGAAGCGCGUCUCAGGCGAUUAUAUAAUUGCAGUGUAUCACUGAUUGAACAAAAGCAUCCAUAUCCACAUCCAUCCAUCUGCACAAUGACGGGUUACAAGGUGGCCAAUGGCAAUGGCAGCACAAAUGUGACCAAUGGAAGCACCAAUGGUCACAGCAAUGGACUCAGCUCGGCGGAGUACACAGCCCAGGAGAAUCCCACAAUGUGCUCCCGCGACUGUUGCUCCGGACCGGGUGGCUCCAACAGAGGCAACACCUGCACGGACAAGAAGGGAGGCAAAGCCGGGAGUCUGAAUGGGGAGAAGAUCAUACCCACUCCCCAAAGCCUGCUCGGAAAUGGAAAAAUCCGAUGUGACCUAACGCCUGAAGAGUUAAGAGCCCUGCGGGUUCUCAACGAAGACACGUAUCCCUAUGAGGUCAUCGAGGAGAUCGCCGACUUCAUUGUCAAGGGCUCCGGAAUGCGCCCCAAGAUCGGCAUUAUCUGCGGUUCUGGGCUCGGCUCUCUGGCCGAUAUCAUCCAGGACCCGAAGAUCUUCGAGUACGAGAAGAUCCCCAAUUUCCCGGUAUCCACAGUUGAGGGCCAUGCCGGCAGGCUGGUGGUCGGCACCCUCGAGGGCGCAACUGUGAUGGCGAUGCAGGGCCGGUUCCACUUCUACGAGGGAUAUCCUCUGGCCAAGUGCUCGAUGCCGGUGCGCGUGAUGAAGCUGUGCGGAGUGGAGUACCUGUUCGCCACGAAUGCGGCGGGUGGCAUCAACCCCCGGUUUGCGGUGGGCGACAUCAUGCUGAUGCACGACCAUGUCAACAUGCUGGGAUUCGCUGGCAACUCGCCGCUCCAGGGACCCAAUGACCCUCGGUUCGGACCCCGCUUCCCCGCUUUGGUGAACUCGUACAACAAGGACCUCAUCAACAAGGCCAUCGAGAUCGGCAAGGCCAUGGGCAUCGAGUCGAACAUCCAUGUGGGCGUCUACUCCUGCCUGGGCGGACCCAACUACGAGACCAUCGCCGAACUGAAGGCCCUGCGCAUGAUGGGCGUGGAUGCGGUGGGCAUGUCGACUGUCCACGAGGUGAUCACUGCCCGGCACUGCGACAUGAAGGUGUUCGCCUUCAGCCUCAUCACGAAUAAGUGCGCGACCGAGUACAGCGACAAGAAGGACGACGAGGCCAACCACGAAGAGGUUAUGGCUGUGGCGAAGACCAGACAGAAGGCCUGCUGCGAACUGGUUGCCCGACUCAUCCGGGAAAUCCACUUGGCAUCCGCUUAGGCAUCGAACUAGGAAAUAGCGUUGGAUUUUAAAUUUAACAAUAGUUAAUUCACUAGACUCGCAUCUAAGACUCACAUGACACGGAUUGUCCCAAAAUUUACAGUAUAAGCCUAGGGAAUAGUUUAACUAAAUUAUGUAAAAUAAACUAGAAAUACAAGACA